ACAGAUGAAUGUUUUUUUUGUUGUGCCUGCAGCGUCCGACGGUUCGAUGCUGCGCAGCUGAGCGCCGUCUGUCCUGCAAUACCGCAGCGUUCCUCCGGGGGCGAUGUCUAUGUGGAACGUCAUAAAAACGGUUCAAACUGCACCGCUCUAGACCUCGGAACGCUCCUCCUCGGCCCCCAGCUCUCCUCCUCGGCCCCCAGCUCUCCUCCUCGGCCCUCAGCGCUCCUCCUCGGCCCCCAGCUCUCCUCCUCGGCCCCCAACGCUCCUCCUCGGCCCUCAGUUCUCCUCCUCGGCCCCCAGCUCUCCUCCUCGGCCCUCAGUUCUCCUCCUCGGCCCCCAGCGCUCCUCCUCGGCCCCCAGCUCUCCUCCUCGGCCCCCAGCUCUCCUCCUCGGCCCUCAGCGCUCCUCCUCGGCCCCCAGCUCUCCUCCUCGGCCCCCAACGCUCCUCCUCGGCCCUCAGUUCUCCUCCUCGGCCCCCAGCUCUCCUCCUCGGCCCUCAGUUCUCCUCCUCGGCCCCCAGCUCUCCUCCUCGGCCCUCAGUUCUCCUCCUCGGCCCUCAGCUCUCCUCCUCGGCCCUCAGCUCUCCUCCUCGGCCCCCAACGCUCCUCCUCGGCCCUCAGUUCUCCUCCUCGGCCCCCAGCUCUCCUCCUCGGCCCCCAGCUCUCCUCCUCGGCCCCCAGCUCUCCUCCUCGGCCCUCCUCGGCCCCCAACGCUCCUCCUCGGCCCUAAGCGCUCCUCCUCGGCCCCCAACGCUCCUCCUCGGCCCUCAGCGCUCCUCCUCGGCCCUCAGCUCUCCUCCUCGGCCCCCAGCUCUCCUCCUCGGCCCCCAACGCUCCUCCUCGGCCCUCAGUUCUCCUCCUCGGCCCUCAGCGCUCCUCCUCGGCCCCCAGCUCUCCUCCUCGGCCCCCAACGCUCCUCCUCGGCCCUCAGUUCUCCUCCUCGGCCCUCAGCUCUCCUCCUCGGCCCCCAGCUCUCCUCCUCGGCCCCCAGCUCUCCUCCUCGGCCCCCAACGCUCCUCCUCGGCCCUCAGUUCUCCUCCUCGGCCCUCAGUUCUCCUCCUCGGCCCUCAGUUCUCCUCCUCGACCCUCAGCGCUCCUCCACAUAGACUUUGGAUGUAAACCAGAUCUGCCUGACGGUCAGAACAGGUUUGGUGUGAACGCACCAUCAGAGCCAGAGGGAGAGCAGGAAAUGUGCUAAAUGGGCCAGGAUUAAUUUGAAUGUUUGUCCAGUCAUUUGUGAUGAGAAUGUCCAUUUCUUGGUUCUGGUUGACAUUCGAUGAAAGCUCAACAUUUGGUCAUAAAAAUCCUGAACACGAGUUUUUUCUUUGUUUGACCAUCGACUGCAAAUAUCGUUUAUAUCUUUCUAUAAACGGUGGAGGCCGUCAGCACAGGUUUAUCAGGAUCACAUCGUUGUGAGCUGAGAUUCUCUUCUGGCUACUGGUUUGGUUUGGUAUUCUUUGGUUCAUCUUAAUGGUUCCAGUUGCUGGAAAACCCUUUGAGAAGUUUGCAGAACUUAUUCCUCAUCAUGUUCCUGCUAAUAACUGGAACUUCAGAUUUUUCAGUCCAGAAGAUUUUGACUCUGGGAAAUCCAAGAAAGGCCAUGUGAGCUGAUAUUCUGAAGUGUUCAUGUAUGUGAUUUUAUACUUUUAUCAUGUUCAAAAUAAAUAAAAAGAUAAGUAA